AUGGAGGAAGGUUCUGAAUCUUCAUCAUGGUUGCUUGAUUUGGAAAACUAAGAAAAGCUAAAACUAAAGCUCCUCUUCCUCCAUCUGAAACAAAACUUUGAAGUUUCUUCAUUUGAUGAUACAGAACCAAUUAAUUACACCAUGGAACAGAAAGAGAAUAUAACUGAUAAAGACAUAGAAUUAUCGGUGGUCCUUCCAGGGGAUGUGAUCAAAUCUACUACUGUUAAUGGCAGCAAACCCAUGAUGGACUUGCUGAUUUUUCUCUGUGCACAGUAUCAUUUAAAUCCAUCAAGCUAUACCAUAGACCUGAUGUCGUCAGAGAAGAGACCGAUUAAAUUCAAACCCAACACACCUAUUGGAAUGCUUGAAGUAGACAAGGUGAUUUUAAAGCCAAAACAUAUGGAUAAGAAAAAGCCCACUCCUAUAAUACCAGAGCAAACAAUAAGAGUGGUAGUAAACUACAAGAGAACACAGAAGACUGUAAUGAGAGUGAGUCCACAUGAACCUCUUCAAGAGUUCAUAACGAUUAUCUGCAGCAAAUGUGAGUUUGAUCCAUUGCACACUGUAUUGCUGAAGAACUACCAGUCUCAGGAGCCCCUUGAUGUAACAAAAUCUCUUAAUGACCUUGGACUAAGGGAAUUGUAUGCAUUGGAUGUCAGUAAAGCCACUUCAGCUGCUGACUUCAAUGUAUCAUCUUUACAAGACUCCUGCCAAAUUUCUCAAAAUCAAGAUACUUUGAAGGAGAGAGAAAAUAAAGGAUUUUUCAGCUUUUUUCAGCGAAGUAAGAAGAAACGAGAACAAACUGCCAGUGCCCCAGCAACUCCACUGAUGAGCAAACCCAGGCCAACUUUUAUCAACAGAUCUAACACGAUUUCCAAGCAGUACGACUCUAACACAUUACCAUCUGAAAUGCCAAAGAAGCGAAGAGCACCCUUGCCUCCAAUGCCUGCAUCUAAAAGUGUCCCACAGGAUCUUGCACAUGCCCAAGUGAGACACACAUCAUCUUGUGUUGUGAAAUCUAGUAGUGUUGAUGACAGUGAACAGGGUCAGUUGAGACUAGGAAUAGUGAGAACAGGUUCUCUGCAGCUGAGUGGCACAUCAUCUGUUAACUCCUCUUUGAGAAGGACUAAGCGCAAAGCACCCUCCCCACCCUCUAGAAUACCACAAGACCAAAGUGACAACAGUAAAAGAACUGCAUCAGAGUCUGCAGAAUCAACCCCUGUUGAAAGUAUUGUGGAAGAAAGAGACACAGAAGUACUGUUUCCAACAGGCAAUAAAGUUGAUAUAACCAGAGCCACACUGCCAUCAUGUGCCUCUCAUUGCUUAGAUGCAGCCAAUCAUGAACAAAACACUCUCCAGCAAGUGACCGAUGAAACUAACCCUUCUGGUAACACUGGCUGUCCUGAUGCAACUGAAAUGCCUUCUAAAUCUGGAAUUUGCUCUGAAUAUAGCCUGGAUGAGAUCAAUGAAAAGGAAGAGAAGAAUAUACAGUACAAAGAGGAAAGUGAAAGUGCAGAUACCUCUCUUAUGACACAAGAGAUUUCUGCCUCCUUCAUUUCUACUGAUGUACCACUAGAUACUGAAAAAAAUGAUUCUGCUUCAUCAUCUUCAAUUCUUGGCAGUGGUUCUGUAGAUAACUUUCAAAGUUCCAAGGAAGAAAAACAAGAAAAUAUGAGCACAGAUGGCAAAGAACCACACAGUAAGAUAGACGAUGAACAAAUUACAUUUGAAAAUGACAAGAAGUUGGGAAUAUUGGAUCCAAACAAAAAUUAUGAUCAUAGUGGCACAAGAUUCCUUCCAGCAACCACAGGAGAAAAAGAAAAUCAACGUAAAAUGGGAGAAAUUAAUACAGCAGAUGUCAGAGAAAAAAAUAAGCUUGAAGUUGACAAACUAUCAAACUGCCAAGAGUAUAAAAAUGACAUCUCUACAAAUCAGGAUGAUAAUCCUCAAGUGAAUCUAGGGAUACAAGAUCGGAAGCUAAAUCAAACGAACAUGGAGAUAGUAAAAACUCAGGAUAUUGCAAUUCAGACAACUCCAUCUGAUAAUAGUUUUGGCAGGACUACAGUAAGUGAAAUGAUUGUCCUUCAAGAUUGUGAGUCAUCCACCUUCAAAGGAGUAGCCCACAUGCAGAAUUUGGAUAUAGACAAUCCACCUUUGCAGUUGAUGAACAAGGCGCAAGAGUCUGUAGAAGUUUCAACAGAAUUCAACCAUCAGAGACAAGAAGCUGCGGAUGACAAAGCAAUUCCCAUAGAAAAUCAAAGUAAUAUAUAUGAUAAUGACAGUGGUCUUACCCCAUCAGAGAGAGCUCCAAAAAGUGCAAUUAGUUCUCCUAUUAAAGGUUACCCACUUUAUAGACAAGACAUCAAACCUAAACCUAAACCCUCUAAUGAAAUUACAAGAGAAUAUAUCCCCAAAAUUGGAAUGACUACUUAUAAAAUAGUGCCUCCAAAAUCCUUGGAAAUAUUGAAAGGUUGUGAGUCAGAUGCUCUGUCAGACAUUAAGGAUCAGGAUGGAGUCACCUUGGAAAUGUCCCCACAGUCAGAGAAUUCAAAAGAAUUUGGAGUGCAAACUGAAAUUCUUUGGGUUUCAAAAAAUACAAGUCAGUCAGAGUCUGGUUUAAAAUAUGAACCUGCUUUAGCAGUGAAUGAUCAGCUGCACAAAACUAACAAAAUUACUGACCGUGUCUCAACUUCUGACCUUGGGGUUACUACUGAAAGCAAGCAAAUAGAAACAGAGGCUUCCAAACCCAAUAUAGGCAAUGGCAUAACUCCAUUGAUGCUAAGCUCAGGUAACACAAAUUCUUCACCUGAGACUCAAGAAAAAUCAAGUGUUUUCAGUCCUACAAUGAAACCUAGUUCUUUUUACUUACAGAUGCAAAGAAGGGCUUCAGGUCAUUAUGUAACAUCUGCAAUUGCCAGAAGUGUCAGUGUUGCUACUAGUCCUACUCAAAGAGAGGCUACAAAUACAGAGAGAGAAAAAAAAUUGACAUCAUCAGAUCAGUCUUUUUUUCCUUUACAUAAAACACAUAAUUUCCCUGCUCAAUUAAAUGAAGACGAGGUUGAUAAUGAGAAAAAAAUUGACACUUCCACUUCUAUCAAAACUGCUAAACCUUUGAGUUUUCCCUCCUGUCAGCCAACAACAUUGAACUUAAGAACUCUGAGAACUUUUGCAGUUCCAAAACCAUAUUCCAGUUCUAGGCCAUCCCCCUUUGCUCUUGCUGUCUCAUCGGCAAUCAAAAGAUCACAGUCAUUCAGUAAACCACAUGCCAUCAGUAGCCAGCCAUCAAAAGAGAAAUCUCCUGUUGAACUAUCCUCAGUAACUUCCACAGGAGAUGUGAAGAACCAAUUUUUACAGACCUUAACAGGAGGUUCACAACACAAUAUGAUGGAUAAGAAAAGUAACUGUACAAACAGUGAACAAAACAGCCAGGUGCAAUCUUCAGCUGACCACCCAACUUCUGUUUUUGAGAGAGAAACUGCUUUAACGUUCCAGAGCUCUGACCCAGAACAGAUCCACCAGAGUCUGCUGGCUGCUAUCCGCUCUGGAGAAGCUGCUGCCAAAUUAAAAAGGGUUGCUGCUCCAUCAAAUACUAUAUCUGUCAAUGGAAGAUCCAGGCUCAGUCACUCAUUUCCCACAGAAGAAAAAUAUAAUCAUUAG